AUGGACGGGCCUGUAACAGAGUACAAAGAAGCGUUUGCACUCUUCGACAAGAAGGGAACAGGUGCCGUCCCGAGAGAAGUGCUAGGCGAUUUGCUUCGCGCUCUCGGGCAAAAUCCUACGCAAGCAGAGGUGGCGGAGAUCGUCGCAUCUGCACCGCGCGAGGUGGAUUAUAAAGCUUUCCUAAGCAUUCUAAACCGACCCGAUGGGUUCAAACCUGCAGGGACGCCUGAGGAAUUCAUCAGAGGUUUCCAGGUAUUUGAUAAAGAGGGCAACGGGUUCAUUGGUGCCGGAGAGCUCAGAUACGUCUUAACGCAACUUGGAGAGAAAAUGACGGACGAAGAGGUCGACGAGCUUUUGAAGGGUGUUCAGAUUGGGCCCGACGGCAAUGUGAACUAUGAAUCAUUCGUAAGAACUAUCCUAAGCCAAUGA